UCCGUGCCGUGUAAUCCAUCCGUGUUUCAUUCUCUCUCCUUUUUUUGUUGUUGUUGCUUCAUCGUAAGUACUUCACUGUCCGUUUUAUGACUCUUGUCCAUAAGAUGCCCGAGCUAUCGUGGUCGCGAGCUGGGUCUUUUUGAUGCAUGUCAAUUUUAUCUCCUUGGAAAUCAUCACGUAGGAGUCAGGGAGCGAGACAGCAGAGAGAGCGCGAUGGGGAAAAAGCAAGGGAUCCCAGUUGCAAAUGUAAGAGGAUUUUUAUUUAGCAGCCACUGAAAAAGAGAUUAGGGCGACAGCAGUGGAAGUUAAAUUGUGCUGCAUAUAAAAUGGGCGGGCUAGUCUUUAUAUUAGGCUGGUACGGGCGAUUCUAAAAUUAAAUGGUCUGCGCUUGGACACAGUCUGUUCGCCAUGCGCUUUAUUUACAGGCACGACUGAUGAACUAAAACGUUGAUUUUGGAUGCAGACCUCGGUGCACAGAGCAGAUUUGUUAGUUUAGUAGAUUUUUUUCUUUUUUUUUUUGUUGCUGACAGACUGAGAGAGUUCAACUCACUACAGCACCACCAAUGAACAGUGAGAGAGACCUGCGCAUAUCGUCAGCAGCCGCUUCUCCAGCCUCAAGCUAAAAUUCGUCAGAUCUGAGAUCACAGAGGAUUUUUUCUCAUUCAGUCCGGCUAGAAAAGAUAUUCUGAAAAGUUUGAGGAUAUAGCCAGCGGACACCGAAUAUACCCCCGACUCAUCUGCUCAGUGAAAGGUCCUCAUAUUGCAACUAUGUGUGGACGGAGCAGGACGGCCUUGCUGUGUCUGUGGGCUUGCUUGCUUGUCGCCAACAACGUACAGUGUGGGAAAAGCUCUGGGCAGAACAGCAUGACAGGUGAACCGCCAGAUAACACUACAGUGUUCACCAAGAUCUUAGACAGCCUUCUGGAUGGCUAUGACAAUCGCCUCAGGCCAGGACUGGGAGAGCGUGUAACUGAAGUCAAGACUGACAUUUUCGUGACUAGUAUCGGGCCAGUUUCGGACCAUGACAUGGAGUACACCAUUGAUGUCUUCUUCAGACAGAGCUGGAAGGAUGAAAGGUUAAAGUUUAAAGGCCCCAUGGCUGUGCUGCGUCUCAACAACCUGAUGGCCAGCAAGAUCUGGACCCCCGACACCUUCUUUCACAAUGGCAAAAAGUCGGUGGCUCACAACAUGACCAUGCCAAACAAGCUGCUUCGGAUUACAGAGGAGGGCACGCUGCUCUAUACCAUGAGGCUCACAGUAAGAGCAGAAUGCCCCAUGCACCUGGAAGACUUCCCUAUGGAUGCCCAUGCUUGUCCACUGAAGUUUGGCAGCUAUGCCUACACUCGAGCAGAAGUGGUGUAUGUCUGGACCAGAGGGGCUGCCCAGUCUGUGGUGGUGGCAGAGGAUGGUUCCAGAUUAAACCAGUAUGAUCUGAUGGGGCAGAGUGUGGAUUCUGGUGUGGUCCAGUCCAGCACAGGAGAGUAUGUUGUGAUGACAACCCACUUCCACCUGAAGAGGAAAAUUGGUUACUUUGUGAUCCAGACAUAUCUACCCUGCAUCAUGACAGUCAUCCUCUCCCAAGUGUCUUUCUGGCUCAACAGAGAGUCCGUCCCUGCCAGGACUGUCUUCGGAGUGACCACUGUCCUGACCAUGACCACACUCAGUAUCAGCGCCAGGAACUCUCUCCCUAAAGUGGCCUAUGCCACAGCUAUGGACUGGUUCAUCGCCGUCUGUUAUGCCUUUGUCUUCUCGGCCCUCAUUGAGUUUGCCACAGUAAACUACUUCACCAAGAGGGGUUAUGCCUGGGAUGGAAAAAGUGUGGUGCCAGAGAAGCAAAAGAAGAAGAAGGAGUCCCUCUUGAAGAAGAACAACACAACAGCCUACCCAGCUGCCACUGCUACAGCCUUCGCCCCCAAUAUUGCCAGGGACCCUGGAUUGGCCACUAUUGCCAAAAGCGCCCCACCACCCCCAACUGAGCCCAAGGAGGAGCCAAAGCCCAAGCCUCCAGAGGCCAAGAAGACCUUUAACAGUGUGAGCAAGAUAGACAGGAUUGCCAGAAUAGCCUUCCCUCUGCUCUUUGGAACCUUUAACUUGGUCUACUGGGCGACCUACUUGAAUAAGAAGCCCAAAUUGCAGGGGAUGACCCCACACUAAUCAAUGUUUCAUUCCUUUCAAAUUAUACCUGUAUUUUUUUUUUGUUUUUUUUCAUUUUCUUUCUUAUUCCUCCUAAAACAGGUGUUUAUUUUCAGACAAACAUGGUGUCCAUGCUGGUUUGAAUCCCCAGUUGUUGCAUUGCUUCUAUGUUUACCUAAAGUUUGAAGAUUUUGAAAAAACAAAAUAGAGAAAAAAAAAAAAAGAAAGAAAGACAACGAUACAGACUUUGGAAAGGGUGUUGUUCAGGUCACGGGUGAUGCUACUAAGAAAAUGCUACUAUAAAUAUAUAGCCAAGAGAAUGCUAUUCUACAACUGCACAUAGCCCAAACUUGUUAAGGGGCUUUUGUUUCUAUGUUUGUUUUCUUAUUUUUCAAUGUUUUCUAUUUUAUUUCAACAUGGAAUCACAGACAUGGUAAAAGGCACUUGUGUAUAUGCAUGGGCAGGGCAUCUUAUUAUUUAUGUUUAUUUAUUCAAAAGACAGAUCAACAUCGACUGAUAGCUUAGUUUAUUUGAUAUCAGCAGCAAAAAAUGCUACGCUCAUUCUCUGUCAAAAUAUCUUCAAUUCUCUGUAGAUGUUUUAUGAGAUUAAUUAUGUCAUUCUUCAAAAUAUGUUAGGGUUUCUGCAAUAGCAAUAAAACAUGUCUCAGUGGACACACCAUUUAUUUAGGGAUAAAAACAAUACAAAAAUCCAGUCAUCUUUGUGCUCAGCAUCGAAAAUAUUAAUUUCCUUCCACAGCCUUGUAAAUAUUAUCAAGUGUUAGAGAUGUCAAUAUUAUGUUUAAGCUUUGCAAAGUGUAACUAAAGGGUAUGUUUAUUGAAUACAUGGAAAAGUACUUUUUUUAUUUAAUUUAUUUUUGUUUCUACAAAAAAAGAGUAUAUACUGGUCUAAUUCACGCUUAAGUGACUGUUUCUCGCCAAGUUCGCGUUCCAUUCAAAGCUGCUUUCACACUGAAUUAAAAUAUUAUUCAACUGUGUGUUUGUGUACACACUGACGGCAACAACAGCAACUACAACAUCAACGGUGUAAUCUGAGAUUGGCUAGUUAUGAGUAAGAAUGUAAAAAUCAUCUCGAAUCCUGGAGUGCAUUUGACAUUUAGAAUUAAAAAUAUCAUUAUUUACUUUUUUUUGGUUUGAUUUAUUUAUGGUGGGGCCUCAUUUGCCAAAACGCCAUUUAUAGCAAAGUACAGUUGGCAUCACGUAAAGAUGGGCAGGGCACAUUGAGAAGGAGGAGAAGUGCCUUUUUCAUUUCCAGAGUUGAAGCUGUGAUGGCUACUACUUUGUUGAUUGAUGGCGCAUCUGUAUUUUCCAUCCCACUGUGUCCCCUGACCCUGUUUGCCAUCGUCCCCAUCUCCUUUCAGUUCAAAAUUGAGACAUAACACUCAGAAAGUACCAGCUACACUGCCUUCAGUAUCACAUGCCCGUUUGGACUCAUUUGUUGCUGCUUGUUGGUGAGCAACAGCGAGAGACAGGGACAGAGACAGAAAGAGACAAAGAGAGAAAGGAGACGUUGAGUUGAAGUGGCACUGUAAUCUUGCUUUAGCCGGCGCUGUGUUUCGCACAGAGGACUUGUCUUGUAGUUCCACGAUAGUGACGAAGAUGAAUAUAUUUUUGUAGCAUGAUGUCAAUCCCUCUUCCGAGAAAAACCAACAGAAACUAACGCAAAUGUGAAAAAGAAUUCUUUUGUUUUUGUCUUGAACAUUGCUUGCUCUUUUAUUUCCUUUCAACUUCUACAAAAACACACAUUUUACGGACAUGCUUCUUCUCUGAUGUGGCACGUUGAGGUAUCUGAGCAGUCCAUUUUAAAUUUUGUUAAUGUAGCAAUAUUAAUUAGCAAGGGCUUUUCUUAGGACCUGAACCUGACACUCAGUCUGGGGGUGAUAUCCAUUGUAGCUUUACACUGACCCCUCUCUACUUGUAGUUUUAUCGAUAUACAUGGAAGUCUAGGAAUUAUUUGGAUUUGGUCAAAGAUAACAGGCAUUGCGUUAUGUGUCCAUCUUAGGUUCUGAAGCCUUUGGCUUCCACUCAGACCUUGUUUCAUGAAAUCUCCACAUUUCUUGUCAGGGAGUGGGGGUGAUUUGUUUUGCAUUACGGGUUCUGGGUGUGCUUUUUUCAUGAUGUUUUACAGGGCACUGAACAGGCUAAAAGGCACGUAAGAACCCUGCAGAAUUCUCUGUGUGUUUGUGUGCUGGGGUGAAGAGAUCACGCUAUCGCCAGAGGGAAACGAAAAAGAGAUCGGUGGUUGUUGCUAUUGUUAUUAUUUGCAUUAUCAUUAUGACCAAUACUGAACCUAUCCCCUAAUGGUAGACGUCUUUGCAGGCAUAUGCAAGCAGUCUACUGUUAACAGCCACUUAACCUACAAGCAGAGGGUCAAGGAACUGCAAAGUUCAGGGUGAAGAGUUGUAUAAAGAUAUUUGAAAUUUAAACUAUUGUAUGUAUGUUUAUUAUCAUGAAGAAAAAAAAUAUAUAUACAUAUGUAAAAUACAUAAUGCAUACAGUAUUUGAUUCUAUUAAUGAAGAUAUUAGCUAAGAUGAUGAUGAAUAUUGUUUGUAUUAUCAACCUAUUGUUAUGCAUUUUGCACAUUUAGAAGAACAAUAACAUUACAUUUAUGUAGUCAGCUUCGUGCUAUGCAAGGACAGCUUUGAACCACAUCAUUGACCUUCUCUCCCUGACCAUUGUGUUUCAGAUUUACAAGCUAUUAUAUAAAAAAAAGAAAUAAAAAAAAGCUUAGCUUUUAUAUCAGCUGCGCACCCACUAGCUUUUUUUCUUUCAACCAUGGCUAUACAGGGUGACAUCAAAGAAAACAGUGGAUUAUCUCUUUUGUUUGCGCUUUGGAUUUGUCGGUGGUUGAAGGGAAAAUGGCUUUCAUUGUUGAUUGCACUUUUUCUCCAGAGACAUGCAAUAAAGUGAUUGAACUGGAAAACCAGGAGCAAAACUGUAACAAGAUCACCUUGUUAAUAAUAUUUAUGCUCAUUUUUGAGCUUGUUUGUCAUUACAAAAAUGGAGGCAGGCAAAAAUGUUACUUCGCUAAAUGGAUCAUUUUGUUUAUCCUUUGCUUGCCAAAGCUCAGUGAUAUUACAGGGAGCACCACAGAGUUUUGCCUUUGAGUAAAAGUGAGUUUUGUAAACUUUUCUGUUGGGAAUAUCUUCGCAAAGCCCCUAUCCUGUACUGUAAGCAGGAUCAAACAAAUGCUAAAGACCACUUACAGAUAUUUUUGAGCCAGGUCUGGUUUUGCUACAUUUAAUGCUCCAGAGAGAGAAUGUGAAAUAUGAGGCACAGUGCAAUCAUGAGCUUCCAACUUUUACCUUCACAGUCAUAUGCAGAGCAUACAUGUAAAUAUCACAUUUGUAGGCACAUCAGUCAUUUAUUUCAUUCUGUUUGAUGCAAGGUCCAUUGCAGUUCUCAGCAGCACUUGCUUUUCAACAUUGAGUCUUUGGUUAUUCCUAGAUACCUACUGGAGUUUUUUCUUGUAUUUUUAUCAAGCAAAAUAUGUUCUGAUUUUCACUGAAAUGUAAAAAAAAAACUAAUUUUCUAAAGCACAAAAGUUGAUUAGGGUAAGAGAAGAUAGAGUGAGACUGUAUACAUAUGGACAUUGACAAACACAAACUUUCAAAACGCACACAGACACACAUAACCACAUACAGUACACCAGAAUGUGUUGGUAGUUCAAUGAUACUGUCAAAGGGUUCUGAUGGAUGUAGAUGAAAUGGUGAACCUUCUGUAAAUGUUUUCUUUUGUUUCUUUUGGUUAUGAUAUGGCCCUGUAGAAUCUGAUUCUCUGCAUUAGUCUUUAAAUAAAAAGAAAACAAAUGAAA